GCCUUUCACACGAUUGAUUUUGGUGGAUUUCAGGAGAUAGUUGAGGUAUGGCUAUUACUCUAACUACUGCUGAAGAUUUUGAAAAAGUCGUUUUAUCUGAGUCGUUAGUGGUUGUUGAAUUCUUUGCAGAAUGGUGCUCUCCUUGCCAAAAAAUGGAAAAAUUCUUAGAAGACCUCAUGAAAGACUCUAAAUAUACAGACAAAAAGAUACUGUUCUACAGAAUAAAUGUUGACACACUUCCUGGAAUAGCAAAGAUGGUUGGCAUAGGAGCCAUUCCUACCUUUGUAUGCUAUAGAGACAAUAGAAAGCUGGACGAAUCAGUUGGUGCAUCCAAGUCUAGUCUAAAGAAGAUGUUAAAGAAACAUAUGUAAAUAUAUUAAGUCAAUAUCAAUCUGAGGCAUAAAGUGCUAUCUAAGAAAUAAAAAAUUUUCUGUUUUUAAAACUCUAAACAUAUAUGACAAACACUUGUAUAGAACAUUUUAGAACGAAAUCUCCGUUUGGACUAGAUCCUCUGCCAACAAAACUUCACCAGCAGCGUCUUGAAAAUUAACU